CGCUGUUGAGCCGCACAACCCCGCGCGCAGUACUGAUUCUAACCAUCCGCGUAAAGUAGUGCGCGCGCAGCGGUCAGCGCAUCAGCGCUCGCUUGAAGUCAGAUUAGCGUGGAUCUUCAGUCCGCAGCCCACGGGCUCAGGCAUGCUCGGACUAUCAAAAUAAAUGGCGUCUUUUCAAAAGGAAUUAUACCAGCGUUUGCUGUUUUUUGUCGUAUUUCUGCAAACCUCAGGUGUGUUGGGUUUUAGUGAGCUGUUUUUUAUGAAGGAACCACACGAUGUGACAAUAUUGCGGAAAGAUGCUGUGCUUAUGGACUGUCAGGCCCACGGCGAGGCUCCGAUCGCCAUCCGCUGGCUAAAAAACGGAGCAAAGCUUACAGAGACGGAGCACGUUUACCAGCUCACCAACGGCUCCCUGUUCAUCUCAGACUCGGAGAGUCGUAAAGACAAAUCAAAUGAAGGGAUCUACCAGUGCCUUGCCCAGAACAAAUACGGAUCUAUUUUGAGUCAGAGAGCACGCUUGACUAUCGCAAGUUUAUCAGCCUUCAUCCAGCAGCCAUCAUCUAUCACAGUCACAGAAGGAUCUAUUGCACGAUUCACCUGUAAAAUCAGUGCCACGCCCCCACCAAUCAUCACAUGGGAGUUUAACCGAGUCACUUUACCAUUAGCCACUGAGAGAAUCGCUGUUCUGCCUGGUGGCAUUCUGCAAAUUCAAGGCGUUGAAAAGAAGGAUGCUGGAAAUUACCGCUGCGUGGCGACCAACAUCGCCAGUCGCCGCAAAAGCUCAGAGGCCGUACUAACCGUGACCGCAGCUCCGUCCUCCAGAGCUCCUCAAAGGCCUCGUAUCAUCGCCGCCCCCCAGAAUCUCACGGUUGCGAUCCGCAGUACCGCCUUGUUGGAGUGCAUGGCUACGGGACAUCCUCGUCCUCUCAUCUCUUGGAGCCGCGCCGAUCAGAAGUCCAUUGACGUUUACAAUACAAAAGUUCUGGGAAAUGGAAAUCUGCUCAUAUCGGAUAUUAAACCACAGCACGCGGGAAUUUACUCUUGCCGUGCGACCACACCCGGAACCAGAAACUACACGGUCGCAGCUGCUAAUAUAACCGUGCUAGCACCCCCAUCUUUUGUGGAGUGGCCUGAGAGUGUGACCCGACCCAGGGCUGGUACCGCCCGAUUUGUGUGUGUGGCAGAGGGGUUUCCUACCCCACACAUCACCUGGCUGAAGAACGGACAGGUGCUUCACUCAAACGGACGUAUCAAAAUGUACAACAGUAAACUGGUAAUAAACCAGAUCAUUCCUGAAGAUGAUGGUAUAUACCAGUGUCAGGCAGAGAAUCAGCAGGGUUCAGUUCUGGCCAUGGCUCGGCUCAUCGUUGUGAUGUCAGAUAAUCGGCCCAGCGCGCCCAGAAACGUUCGUGCCGACACCAUGUCCAGUUCAGCCAUCCUACUGGCUUGGGAGAGACCCCUGUACAACUCCAACAAAGUCAUUGCCUAUUCAGUGCACUACAUGAAGACGGAGGGUCUAAAUAACGAAGAGUACCAGAUUGUUAUCGGUAAUGAUACCACCCGUUACAUCAUUGAUGACCUGGAGGCCGGGCGAAACUACACCUUUUACAUUGUGGCGUACAUGCCCGUGGGUGCCAGCCGUAUGUCUGAUCAUGUCGUACAACACACGCUCGAGGAUGUUCCUUUACGAGCUCCUGAGUUAAGUCUCACCAGCCGGAGCCCGACUGACAUUCAGGUGUCCUGGCAGCAUCUCUCCCAUAAACUGAGUCGGGGUCGAGUCUCAAUGUACCGUCUUUCAUACAGAACCAGUACAGACGGAGCGAUCAUACAACAGGAGGUGUCAGGACACAGAACCCAUCAUCUUCUCAAAGGACUUCAGCCCAACACAACCUAUCUGCUCCGCAUCGCUGCGGCUACCAGCGUGGGCUGGGGCGAACCGUCCGCCUGGACAACACACAAAACACCUAAAGACUCCAACACCAAAGUGCCCAUGGCACCAGAGCUCCAGUUGGAAACUCUGAACUGCACCACUGUCGGGGUACGUUGGCAUCUUUCAGCGGGCGGCGCCACUGACCUGCAGGGCUACAAACUUUCAUACCAUGAAGAGAGCCAACCAGAGGGACCCUCGACCCAGAUCCCACCACAUCAGCGUCAACACACCAUUGGAGGCUUGGAUCCCAGGAAGAAGUACCACGUUAAACUGUUGGCAUACAGUGUUCAGGGUGAAGGAUAUCAGGCCGAUCAGACCAUCAGCACCCCUGGAUGUGUUUCCGUCCGUGAUCGUUUGAUCCCGCCCCCUCCGCCACCUCAUCACGUAUACGCCCAUAGUAACAGCUCCUCCUCUGUGUUCCUGCACUGGGGCCGGCCCGCUUUCACCGCGGGACAAAGCGUCAACUACACCGUACGCUGCAAUCCCGUCGGACUGCAGAACGCCUCACUGGUGCUUUACCUGCCGACUGAUGCUCAGAGUUUACUGGUCAGGGAUUUGGACCCAAACACGAAUUACGAGUUUGCGGUUCGUCUUCAUCUGGAUCAGCUGUCUAGCCCAUGGAGUCCUGUAGUUUACCAGAGCACGCUGCCUGAAGCUCCCUCUCGCGCCCCUGUGGGAGUAAAAGUCAGUCUGAUCGAGGGAGAUUCGGCACUGGUGUCAUGGAAACCACCCGACGAACCCAACAUCACUGUGACACAUUACACCAUCCUGUAUGCAUCACGCAGAGCCUGGGCUGCUGGAGAGUGGCAGAUCCUUCAUAGAGAAGGGGGCAUCACAAUGGCUCUACUGGAGAAACUUCAGUCUGGUCAGGUGUACCUGGUGAAGGUUUCAGCGUCCAAUCAGAUGGGAGAUGGUCCGUUCUCACCUGCAGUAGAACUGACUGUGAACUCUGCUCAUGCUACAGUGUUUUCUGAUGGCUUUUAUCAUCUGGACCAGCGUUCAGUGACCGGUAUAGCAGUGGGGGUGUGUAUCGCUUUAACCUGCAUUAUCAUCUGCAUACUCAUUCUGGCCUGCAGAAGCAAAACCAGGAAAUCCUGUUCUACCAAACCUGUGAGACAAACAGGAGGAGAGACUCCGCCCACUGCUGUCCAUGUGCCCAAUGGAAGUCAGGCUGAAAGUGCGGAGGUGACAUUGCCUAUGAUGAGAGACCAUUUCAUUGAUGCAAAAGGAGGAACAAAUCUGAUUAUAAACAGUUACGGGCCAGUAAAGCCAACCAAUGAGAAAAAGAAGAGAAACGGAUGGAGCUUCUUCAAGAGGGAUGAGAAGGGAGUGAAGAGGAUCCCAAGUCCCUCAUACUCGUAUCACCCAGGCACCACUCUGCUGUGUUAUACAGACACACCACCCAGAUCCCCGCAAGAUCUGUUCGGUCCACCAGAGGGCAACGGUGAGGGCUCCCAAUCCAGUGAGGGCAGUCAUGAGACGGGCGACUCUGGCCGCUACUCUCAAGAGGGGAUGAACCUGUCGCUGGGUGCAAGCAGCGGCCCGGCCUCCCUGCAGGGCGAGGAGAGCGGAGAGUCCGAGCAUUAUGUGAUGGAGAAAGAGUCGCACGUAUGUGUCGAGGCCACAGAAACCUCAGCUCAGCAGCGGGUCAUGAUGGAAGGCAUCUGACAUUUUAAAAUAAACCCAGGGCUCUCUGACGCCCUCUGCUGCUUCAACAGACUACUUCGUGGGAAACCCACAGGCUGCUGUGUACCGGACGACCGGCUUUAACCCCAAGCGUCCGUACACAUUUCUUGGUGAAUGUAUUAUUUGUUUCUUUUUCAUUUUUAUGAAUGAUUGUGUGUUUGAAACUUCUCACCUACCAUGAAUGUUUUGAUAUAUGUGACAUUUUCUGCUCAGUGAGUUUAAGUUGGAAAAGCUCCCAUCGACUUCUCAUCUACCUCACUUUACACAUGAUGGGAGCUUUCUAUGAAAUAUUUAAUAUCUACUUUAUACACUCGCUGAGCACUGAGCUCUACAUUUACAAAUUCAUUAAUUCUCUAAUUCCAUAUUUUUGGGGUUUGUGUGUUUGUCCAUAUAUGUUUGUUUAGUCCUAAAUGAUGCAUUAGUUACUCAGGAUCAUAGUUUUAUCUACCUCAGGUUAACAAAGAGUAAACUUUCUGUUAAAUGUUUAUUUCUAAGAUGUCUAUAAUAUACAAUUAAGCGUUUUGUGUCUUUCGGCGGCUCCACUCCAAAUCUAAUAAGAUUUCUCAGGUUAAUUGUUUGUGUGUUUUUGCUCUUAUAGUUUUAUACUACCUCAUUUAAAGGUUUUAUUUUUUUAGCUGUAGUGGUUUUUAUUGUCUCAGGGAUCAAGUUUAGUACAUUUGAAGAGCCGUGCGUUUUAUACAUUGACAUGGUUUGAUUGACAGGGUAUCCUUGUGCUGGACUGCUUAUCUGAGGGCGCUUGACCCGUGUUGAAUGUGUGAUCGAUUUCUUUAUGUAGUUUAUGUCCUCCUGUUUUCUACUUUUGAAGUUAGCAAAAAUGCUGCAAACGGAUGAGUUCAGCAGAUAUAGCUUUAAUAACCGGCCUUAAUGAAUGAAGAUAUUCUCAGAUAUAUGAGAAAGAGAUUUAUUCAAUGUUCGAAAAACCAAAGAUAAUAAUUGAAUCAUUGAAAAAGUAUCAAUGAUCAUAACACCUUUAUGCCUGCAAAGAUCUAUUUUUCUUGACAUAUGUACGAGUUUUAGUUAAUUUCCUAAUGCUUUGAAAUAGUUAAAGCUCUUGUAGAUUUAGAAACAUGAGUCUAGCACUUGUCCUUCAGAUUAGUUUUGCUUUGUGUUUUGGUAGGUUGAACAAAUUAUCGUGCAACGGUGAUGCGCCAAUCAUCCUUACAGCUGUUUGCUUCUUUCUUUUGAGAUGAUAAAAUGACAAUGAGGUUAUCAAAGAUGGAAAUGUGGUCAAUUGACAUCAAGAUAAUUGAUGGUUUAUGGUAUCUCACGAAACACACUGUACCCCAAAUCAACAGACAAUUGUAACCGAGUAUUUUUCAAAAGUAAAUGUAUUUAGAUUUUGAUAUUGGGGUGAAAUAUGUUAAUGUUUUUGAGAAAUGUACCCCCUAAACCAAAUAUCAGCUUCCCUCAUUAGAAUUUCAAGUGCAGCGUGAAUGUGUUUGUAUUGUACAUGGAGAUUAUAUUUAGAAAGAGAUAUUAUAUUAUAAAUCAUUCAUCGUUCCAUACGCCUGAAAUUCUUCUUAAUCAGAGGAAGUUGAUUGGUCUCGGAUGGCCGAUAUAUUUCAAUCAAAGAGACACAAUCAAGUCCGAAUGUUUUCAUUUCAUAGCAAACAGCCCGAAACCAAAGAUUGUUGUCACCGUUGCACGGAUGAUAAUUGUAGAUUCCUUCCUUUUGCAUGUGUUUGUCAAUGUUCAACAAAGCUGUAUAGAUUUACUACUUGCCGAAAGAGCAUCAAGUAACCAGAAACAGUGUUACGCAGUCUUGCUUUCAAUUGUUUAUGACAUUCAAGCAAACCAAAGAUGAUUGUUUUUGUUUUCUUUUAAAACUUUCUCACUGGAGGAAAAAAGAUUGUAUUUUUUUGUGUGUGUGUGUUUUGGGAUUAAUUUAUAUGCCCUAAAUAUUGUAAAAAUACUGAAUAAAAGUUUGGGUUUGUUUCCCUGCUGAAUAUACAGUCAAAAACAGCUUUAACGCACCUAAACCUGUUUGCUGGUCUUUCAGACUGAUCAGCUGACACGUGGCCUUUAAAACCAGCAAGACCAGCAAACCGGUUUAAGCUGUCCUGUUAAGCAUGUUUUAUGCCUAAAAUGUUGUUUUUAUAUGACUUUCCCUUGUUUUAGAACAGUAUUAAUCUGUUAAAUUGUCGUAUGCAUUGUGAAUUAUUUGUUAUUUUACACAUCGGUUCAGAAAUUCAGCUUAACACAAUUUUCAGAUGUUUGUAAAUUAUAAAGGGGUUUUCAUUCUCAAGCAGCACACCCAAACAGAAAGUCUUUUUUAUUUUGUUGCUUUUCUGUUGAAUUUUUGAUCUGUUUCUAACUGAAAUGAGAAUUGAAAGAGCUUUGUAAACUCCUCCAGAAAGAAUCAGAAAGAUUAAUGCAGUGAAUGUGUUUCGGAUGCAGUAACCACAUCUAUAAGCCUUAAAACUGAAUGUAUUUCUCAAUAAUCAAGAUUCCUCUUUACAUUCUUUGUCUUUCAUUUCAAAUACUUGUAACAUGUGUUUAUUGGGAGAUUUUUCCUUACAAUACGGUGUAACAUUUACGUUAUGCAUUAAGUUACACCCAACCACAAAAUAUCUUUUGUUUAUAAAGAAUGAUUUCCAGUUCAAAUAAAAAUCUU